CGAAUUCAUUGUCAUUCCAAGUUUGCCUUCGGUCAACAGGACGACAAGAAUAAGAACAUCGAGAUGAUUUGGGAGCACGUCAGUCCCAAUUCAUCGCUCAUAUUCUUCUUUGAGGGUCAUGCCAGGAAAUCAGAUGAACAGCUGUUAUUAGACCAAUUCUGAUUGAUAAAUUAUGCAAGCCAAUAACAAUUAAGAUUGACAAUGAGGGGAUAAUAGGACUUUCAAAUGGUGUUCCGAAUCCAAAUAUGGGCAUCACGUUUGCACUUUGCAUUAAUCAAGAAGCCUCUGUCAAGCUACCAUAAGGUACGUGACAUUAGUAGUUCCCACGUUAGUCGCAAAAGCUCAAUGCACAAAAGACAAGCCCGACCAGCACCUAUAUAUAGCAGACCAAAUCCAUAUCUUCCACAACCACAAGAAGAACAUUCUUAGUUUCUUGGAAUUGACAGUUCUCCAAGAAGAUGGCUAGCACCCAACUCAAUGUUUUCACCUCAAUGCUUUUGCUCUCGUUGGCCUUUGCGUUGGCAAGUGCCAAUGAACAGGUCCCAGCAAAGCCUGUGGAGAAACAUGUUGAUGUUGGGAUUGAAGGUGUUGUCUACUGCCAGAGCUGUGAGCACUAUGGAACAUGGUCUCUAUCAGGAGCCAAACCCAUUUCCAACUCUACAAUCGGCGUUAUCUGCAAAGACUACAAAAAAAGAGUAAGCUUCUACAAGGCAUUCCAAACAGAUGCAAAUGGUUACUUCUAUGCAGAGCUUAAAGGCUUCAAGAUGGGCCACUCCUUGUUAGACCAUCCCUUGCACUCCUGUAGUGUGAAGCUGGUCUCGUCCCCCCAAGAAAACUGCAAUUCUCUCACCAAUGUUAAUUAUGGACUCAAUGGUGCCCCUCUACGUUAUGAAGACAAAAGAUUAAUUGGAAGUCGGUAUGAGGCUGUGGUUUAUGCUGCAGGGCCCCUGGCUUUCCGUCCAGCUCACUGCAUUCCUAAAAACCCAUCCUAAUUAUUCAAUUGCUCAUCCCUAAAAAUAAGCCUGAACCUUUCUUCC